GAACUAAAUCCAGGAUGACGUCGACUCAGUAUAAAACCAACAAGAGGUUCAGCUGGUCUAAACUCCGUCCUACCCGCGGGUUGAGUUCGCCGAACGCCGCAGCGAGGGGAGGGCGGGAGGAGGGAGCGCGGACGCAGGGGCGGGGAGGGGCGCGGGGCUGCGCGCUCGCCGGCGCUCUUUCGGUUUGGGCCGCCGCGGGAGGAGAGUGGACCCCCCACCUUGAAGCUUUUUCCUCGGCGCGUCCCCGCCGCCCCCCGGUCCCGGCGCCGGGCUCGGGGAUGCCCGCCAGCAUGUUCAGCAUCGACAACAUCCUGGCCGCCCGGCCGCGCUGCAAGGACUCGGUGCUGCCGGUGGCGCCCAGCGCCGCGGCUCCCGUCGUCUUCCCGGCCCUGCACGGGGACUCGCUCUACGGCGCCGGCGGCGGCGCCUCCUCGGACUAUGGCGCCUUCUACCCGCGCCCCGUGGCCCCCGGCGGUGCAGGCCUCCCGGCCGCGGUCGGCGGCUCCCGCCUCGGCUACAACAACUACUUCUACGGGCAGCUGCACGUGCAGGCGGCACCGGUGGGCCCGGCCUGCUGCGGGGCCGUGCCGCCCCUGGGUGCCCAGCAGUGCUCCUGCGUCCCGACGCCCCCAGGCUACGAGGGCCCCGGCUCGGUGCUGGUGUCCCCUGUGCCACACCAGAUGCUGCCCUACAUGAACGUGGGCACCCUGUCGCGCACGGAACUGCAGCUCCUCAACCAGCUGCACUGCCGGCGGAAGCGGCGGCACCGCACCAUCUUCACCGAUGAACAGCUCGAAGCCCUGGAGAACCUCUUCCAGGAGACCAAGUACCCAGACGUGGGUACCCGCGAGCAGCUGGCUCGGAAGGUGCACCUCCGCGAGGAGAAAGUGGAGGUCUGGUUCAAAAACCGCCGCGCCAAAUGGAGGCGGCAGAAGCGGUCUUCGUCCGAGGAGUCGGAAAACGCCGAGAAAUGGAACAAGACGUCGUCGAAAGCCUCGCCCGAGAAGAGGGAAGAGGAAGGUAAAAGCGAUUUGGACUCGGACAGCUGACGGCCGCAGGCCGGCCGUGGCCCUUGCCUAACACGAAGGACUUGCACACCCAGACGAUGCUACUUUUCUUGCACACGCGCUGCCUUGCGGGAGGGGGGUCGAGAAGGAGGAACGAAGAGUUGUAAAUAGUGUACAGUCCGGAGAGGGUGGGCGCCUGGGCUACCGCGCCGCCGGGGCUCGCAGCCCAACGUUCGGGGCCGCCGGGCGACUCGCUCCCCGCCGUAGUAUUUAUAGUUAAAUUAACGGUGACAAUACAAUAAAGUGAUGGCGAUGUA